UGAAAGCGACAUGAGCGAAGCAGAUUGAAGAAGUCUCCUGACGACACAUCCUUUCACGACACAUUCCAAUAUGGCGUCGUCCGUGGAUUACUCGCCAAUGUUGUUUUGAUUUUUCAUGUGCUGAUAUGUCUCAUUCAAGCCCCUCGUUCAACUUUAAACAGUAUCACCUUUAAUGUCUUCGGUGUCUAACUCGGUGAAAUUUUUUCAGCGGACUUAACCGACCAAAGUGUCUUAGGGGACCGCAAGAACAGCACCAUGUCUGGGUCAAAUGUGUGGAGUCGCACCCGAGAAAAACUGAGGCUAUUUCCCGAACUUUUUGCACAGUGUGCGGAAGAGGGAGCAGUGUAUGGGAAGUGUGUGACAGCUACCACCACAGGCAGACAGGAGUUGAAGAAGGAUCUGUGUGCCAAAGAAUUUGAGGCUCUAAAGAGCUGCUUUACAAAUGCAGCCAAGAAAAGAGCCAAAUAAGGAGGGCAUCCUGGACUGUUGUAAAGAAACUUUAAGUCAGACCUCGACUCAUAAUAAUACUCAUUUGACAUUACUUGUUAAAUGUUCUUUCUGCUACUUUUCAAAUGUGUCAGCUGUACCUGUAACAUAUGUGAAUAAAAGGCUUUUUAUUUUCACCCAUAUUAACAGACGGUAACAGCUUGAUUGCAACAGAUCUUUAAUUUAUUUUUUAUGCACAU